AUGGAACCAAUUAUUACAAGGAAGGAAAAGUUUCGAAUUCUAUGGUAUAACCCAGCCCCAUAUUUAACAUAUCAUAAAGAUGCGUUGCAUUGUGGAUUUGAAAAGUGCAAAUACAAUAACUGUGAUAUGACUGUAAAUACAUCUGAUGCAAAUAUCAGUCAGGCUGUUAUUUUUGAUGGUCGUAGAAUGCCAAAGAAUGUUAGCUUCACUCGUCCAAAUGGCCAGAUAUGGAUUUUCGCAGCUCACGAAUCUCCUAUUUCAUACGGCGACACAGGGACAUGGUGGUAUAGAAAUAAAGACUACUCCUUCAACUGGACGAUGACUUAUGACAAAGAUAAUUCUGACAUAUAUUUGCCAUACGGAGAAAUACUGAAACACAAAUCAGAAGUAAUACGGGAAUACAAAUCAAUUUCACAAAAGAAAAACAAAACUCUAUUAAUAAUAGUUUCCCAUUGUAAUGCCAGGUCUAAACGUCAGGAAUAUGUAAAUAAGUUAAAGGAAUAUGUUGACGUUGAAGUCUUGGGAAACUGUGGGAAAAAGUGGACAUGUGGUUCUCACUACAAACACGACGAAGACUGCUUUAAACUGUUAAAUACAACUUUUAGGUUUUAUCUAGCUUUCGAAAAUGCGUUUUGUCAUCAGUAUAUAACAGAGAAGUUUUACGAUAAUUUCAAUUAUGAUCUAAUUAUGUUGGUACGUGGUGGAAGCCCUGGCGAAACGAAACAAAUGUUUCCCAAGGGAACAUUUUUAUCCACCGAUGAAUUCGAGUCUGUUCAAGAUCUUGUACACUUUCUUAAACACAUCAGUGUUGAAACAUACGCUGACUAUUUAAAGCGAAAAAGUCAAUAUUACUCAGCUGGGUAUUUGUAUGUAUAUCAAAGAGCUAUGUGCAACUUAUGUGAAAGGAUGAAUCAUCAAAACAAAUAUGCAAAAACAAUCACAGAUAUAAAGGAAUGGGCAUAUGGCCCUAAACCUUGCAUUGAUCCCAAUGACGUGACAGAUGUGCGAUGA